CAUUUAUAAUAUAGCCAUUAUUAUGUUAUUUCGUUUGAUUGUGUUUUUUUUCUUUUUCUUUUGUUUUAGUUCCCUCUCUUUUUGUGAGUGUUGUAUCUCUUUGUUUUUCUUUUUUUGCUUCAAAUGCAAGAAAACCAAUAAAUAAAGAAAGAAAUUGACUUUCUUAAACAAAGUAGUAGAAUCUAAUAUAUGAGUCUGGGUCUUUAAAGGUAACACCUUUAAUACAUUUUAACACUUUAUAUAAUACUUUUAACACUUUAUAAAAUAACAAACUAAAUUUUUUCCUACUCCACUGUCUCUAUAUAUCCUCUGAAUCAUAUCUUCUUCCACAAUAACCACACCACUCAAAAAUUGCACCACUCUAUUCCGGUAAACAACAGCUGACCUUGGACCUACCAAUAGUGCCACCCUGUUUUUUUCCGGUAGGCACAGUCCACAUUGAUUUUGGUGUUUAGGCACUUGAUUGCCAGCAGACCAAAAGGUGACCACUCAGGUGUUUUAAAGUCCCGCAUAUACAAAUACAACGCAAUCAGGAGAUGCCCUCAGCCAGGACCAGUAAUGGUAAUGGUUUUAAUUGUUAGAUGAUUGUUUGUAAUGAUAUUUGUAGUGGAAACCAUUAGAAUUUCUGUGAUGGUUUCUACACCUUUUUUUUUUUUUUUUUUUUUUUAAAUUUCAGCACUGAAGUUACACUCAAGUCAGAAUCCUCCAGGUACAUCUAGAAUGCAACCUGAGUGAUUAUAUAACACCUGCACCGUUCAUACACGACACAUUCACAAUCCCUUUAAAGAAUGGCUUAAAUUCCUACAAAACUAUUUUUUGCCUUUAUUGCAUUAAGUUAAUCCGCGCCAUUUUAUGCAACUAGCCAAUAGGCGCACAUGCAUGCAUUAUACUUUUCAAUGAAAGUUAUUAUUAUUAUUAUGUGUCAACACUUAAUUCAUUUACGGAAGCAAACAAGCACAAAUUGUACAUUUAAGACUAGUCCUUGUUAAAUGAUCAAGUUAUUCAAAAUCUAUAAAUAUUAGUGAUCAAGUAACAACGGAUGUAGCGUCAAGGGUGCCCAGGGACCGUCUAAAAAUUAUAAUCUAAUAAUUUGUUUACCUUCAACAACAUGCAGUUUUAUAGGCUCUUUGUGUUGGUCGGAGAUGAUAAAAGCUUUUUAUAUUCAUAAAUACGUCAAAUUGUGCAUGAACAUGUAUCUUGUUUUCUGGUCUGUGCUGGGAUUUGUCUUCGUUUUGAAUGCGUUCAUGUCAUUGCUCGGCUAAAACGCGCCCUUGGUUUAUUCCGCCCUAUGUGAAGGGGUUACUACACAGCAGAGGAACCGAAACUCUAGCAGCUGUUUAACAGAGCAAUGCCUUCACUCAGAGAAGUUUAUGAAGUUGGCUUGGAUUUCAUCGAGUUCUUGGGGGAAAGAAAAUCAAAAACGGACAAAAAAGAGCUUCGAGACAUUUACAACCUCGAGUUUAAAAGGGAAGGAGGACCUGCUUUUUCUAGGUUGGUCUCUGCCUUGGUGUAUUUCAACAAAGCCAGUAUAAGACGAGGUGAAGUUGUCCUGCAUGCCAAAUCUCAGGUACGUCUGUACUACUGUGACCAGUGGAGAUCCAGGACACACUCAAAUCCGACUGUAGACUCGAGACCUGAUCAUGAAGACAGCACAGCUCCAGACUCUAGGCAAGGUGCCCCGUACUCAUCACCCCGUGUCAACCCUGUCCUCACGCCAAAAAAACGACUGGCUCAGGAAACCCUUAAAAAACUCAGGGCAAACAGACCACAGCUUAUUUCUGACAAGGGAGGCAUCGAGGUCACAUCAUCUCCUGUGAGCAGAAAUGGAAAGAUCGUGCUCAAUAUUGAGCUUCUAGACACAGUGUAUGUGGUGAAGUUCCAAAUCGUAAAUAAAGGGCAAAAGUGCAUUCACUUCACCUUCUACACAGCGCUGCACAGGAUACGUUGCUUCACUUUAGUCGAUGAGAGGAGAGUGAGCAGGGUUUCCCCUCUGCUCCUUUGUCCAGGUGAGAGCUAUGCAGUUGAGGUGAAGUACCAAGCUCGCAACUAUGGCUAUUUCCCAGCCACGAUGUACUUUGAGUUCUGCCCCGAGUCCGAGUCUUCAGAACCCCCCAAACCAUUCUGCAUUGUGAGGGAAAUUGAGGCAGUGGUGCACACUCAACUGAGCACUGAUCUGGGCCCAACAAGUCCGUAUAGAGCCAGACAGAAAGGGCAGAAUCGCCCCAAGGACCGAGUGGUGGAGGAGGGUGUGCCUCCUGAGAGCAUGACGCAUGCUUUAAAACAGCCUGUGAAGCUCAAAGACUAUAAGUACUCAGCCUACCUGAAGAACUUGGUCCAACACUGGAAUAGUGAUGGUGAGAAACUUUCUCCUACAGCCAGGCAGCAGCUUCACAGAGCGAGAGGUUUGUUGGAGUCGCCCAUGUCUGUAAAGCAGUAUGCUGAACGUUUCCACCUUAUCCUACACCUAGAGGAGAUUCAAAUGGAAGAGGAUAUAAAGAAGUAUGAUCUGUAUGGCCAGACCAUGAAACAGAACAGAAUGAACAAAAACCUACUUGUACUGCAGGUACCUGGCGUGGCGGAGAACAGGCCAUCUGUGCUAAGAGGAGAUAACUUGAAUGUGUAUUUGUCUGAAGAUAAGGCCCAGCCUAUCACUGUGUAUAAAGGCUAUGUUCAUCGUGUAGAGCUGGAGAGUGUUAAGCUGGGGUUUUCUAAGAAGCUUAUAAAGAAAUUCAUUCCCAAAAUGAAGUUUAACGUAGAGUUCAGCUUCAAUCGCUUCCCACUUAAGCUCCAGCAUCGAGCUGUACAGCUGGUGGCUGAACACAGGCUGGGAGACGUGUUGUUUCCCAUUCACAAUGGAGUCAAGCAGGCGGCACUGCCAAAGCUAAGGAUAUACAACCGAGAUCUGGAGACCAACCCUGAGCAGAAGGCAGCAGUGCAACACAUUUUGUCUGGCCAAUAUAAACCUGCCCCCUACCUGAUCUUUGGUCCACCUGGCACAGGAAAAACUGUCACGCUGGUCGAGGCCAUAAAACAGGUGAAUAAAUCUGGUCCUGGUGUCCAUGUUCUGGCCUGUGCGCCUUCGAAUAGUGCUUGUGAUCUGCUGUGUGAGAGGUUGCUGGGAUUCGUGGAUGCCCAUCGUCUGUUUCGUCUCUAUGCCUGCAGUAGAGAUCCCCGUACUGUGCCACUGAAACUACUGAAAUACAGUAACUGGCUGGAAAUGCAGGACAGUUUCAUCUUGCCCUCUAAGGAAACUCUGAUGAACUACACCAUCAUCGUGGUCACGCUCAUCACUGCUGGAAGGCUUGUAUCUGGAGGCAUCCCAGUGGGUCACUUUACGCACAUCUUCAUAGAUGAGGCUGGGCAAGUUGUGGAACCUGAAUGUGUUGUCGGAAUUGCGGGUCUUCUCCAUCCCGAGAAGGGCCAGCUGGUUUUGGCUGGAGACCCUAAGCAGCUUGGCGCUGUCCUUAGAUCUCCACUGGCACAACAACACGGACUGGGGCUUUCACUGUUGGAGAGACUGAUGACCCAAAACUCCCUCUAUCAGAAGAACCAAGAUGGCCACCAGGGUUAUGACAGUUGCUUUGUCACAAAGCUACUACGUAACUAUAGGUCUCAUCCUACUAUUCUGAAAAUCCCUAAUGAACUUUUCUAUGACAAUGAGCUGCAAGUAUUUGCAAAUCAAAUGGAGCGAGAGGCCUUCUGCAAGUGGGAGCACCUUCCGAAACAGGGCUUCCCAGUGAUAUUCCAUGGGGUGAUGGGAAAAGAUGAGAGAGAAGCAAACAGCCCAUCCUUUUUCAAUGUGAGCGAGAUAGAGGUCCUCAUCGGCUACCUCAAAAAACUCCUGCAAAGUCAUGGAAAGAAGGGUCUGCCCAAACUCAGUGCCAAUGACAUUGGCAUCAUUGCUCCCUACAGGAAGCAAGUGGAUAAAAUGCAGAAAGCUCUCAAAGCAGUAAGAGAACUACAUCAGUGGAAAGACAUUAAGGUGGGCUCAGUGGAGGAGUUCCAGGGGCAGGAGAAAAUGGUGAUCAUGGUGUCUGCAGUCAGAAGCAGCAACAGCUAUGUUAAGAUGGACCAAGAUUUUAACAUUGGUUUCCUCACAAAUGAGAAGAGGUUUAAUGUAGCCAUGACCAGAGCCAAAGCUCUGCUUAUUGUGGUAGGAAACCCUGUCAUCCUGAGCAAGAAUCCCACCUGGCAGAGGUUUUUUCAGUACUGUGAACAAGAGCAAGGCUACACUGGCUUUGACUACAAGGAUUUUGAGGGGGAGGACGAUGUGGUGACUCGACUGGCAUCUUUAAAAAUCCACACCUCUGCUGAUGAAAUAGAAGCGAGUGCAGUGCAACAGCAUGUGCAUCCAGAGUGGAGGAACGAACAGUAACAAUUCCCACAGAUCGACCGUCGACCAUGUGCGUAGUGAGAAUCUGGGCUGUGACCAUUGCAGCACCUUCCUAAGCUGCUAAGAGCAGAGAGACACUUUCAAAAGUUAAUACCAACAGUAC